UCGCGCCGCCGCCCGAGAGAGGCCGUAGUCGCCGCCCCGCGCCCGCCGCCACCUCGCACCAUGGCUUCAGGAGUGCAAGUUGAUGAUGAAGUAUGCCGUAUUUUCUAUGACAUGAAGGUUCGGAAGUGCUCCACACCAGAAGAAAUCAAGAAACGGAAGAAGGCAGUUAUCUUUUGUCUCAGUGCAGACAAAAAAUGCAUCAUUGUGGAAGAAGGCAAAGAGAUCCUCGUAGGAGAUGUCGGUGUAACCAUUACUGAUCCCUUCAAGCAUUUUGUCGGGAUGCUCCCUGAAAAGGAUUGUCGUUAUGCUUUGUAUGAUGCAAGCUUUGAAACUAAGGAAUCCAGAAAAGAAGAGUUGAUGUUUUUCUUGUGGGCUCCGGAACUCGCACCUCUCAAAAGCAAAAUGAUCUAUGCAAGCUCCAAGGAUGCAAUCAAAAAGAAAUUUCAAGGGAUAAAACAUGAAUGUCAAGCAAAUGGGCCAGAAGACCUCAACCGGGCUUGUAUUGCUGAAAAGCUAGGUGGUUCCUUAAUCGUAGCUUUUGAAGGAAGUCCUGUGUAGACUACCAUUCAGUGCCACAAGUUGAAAAGCUUCCACGUUUAAUGUAUCUUCUUGCUAAAUAUGUAAAGCAAAUAUAUUUAGGCCAGGGUUUCACUGAAGGGGAGCUGUCUUGUCAUCUUCUAGAAUAAACCAGAUAUUAGUUAUAUGAACCUGUACAAAUGACCCUAAAUAAACCUAAAGUCUAAAGUUUUCAUGGUGUGAAUUAAAUUUUUAAUGGCCAGCUGACUGCCUGUCUAAUGGGCAAGUUAGUAUUAAGAUUAGUCUCGAGCUCAGGGUUUUUAGUGCUUUAAUAAAGAUUAAAAAGUGGCCAUAAAAGUGGAAUGGAAAAUCAUCACAUCCUCAGUAAUGCCUGGAGUUACUUUGCCUCCGUCACCUGCAAGUUGGUCCUGAUUUGAUCGUAAUUUGGACCCUAACAUUUUUUUUUCUUGAGCUAAACUGAAACUGGGUUCAAAGGUGACCGUCUUAAUAUUAAAAGCAUUUCUUCUCGUAAGUUCUAGUACCAAUUCUAAACCAACACAUUCACUAGAUACAAUAGUAGGUAAGACCGUCUUCACUUUAAUCUUAACAGCUACUGUGUGAUAGACUACCUUGAAACUGUAUACGCGUGUAGGUAAUACUAAUCCUUCAAAGCACUGUUUGAAGCACAUAGUCAAGACACAGGAAGCUACUUUUGGGGCCAAGGGUAAGUUCUUCCAUUCACUGGCUGCAAGACAUUGUUCUGAUGAAAUGUUUUCAUUCCAGAAAUCAAGGUGCAUUUAGAAAUGAUGGUGCAUUAUCUUUAUGCUUCUCAAUUCACUAGGCAAAUUGCAACUGUCAUAAUAAAAACUUAAAGCCUUUGUGUACAUUGACAAGCCAAGAGGCUUUUUAAUGGUGCACUCGUCAGGACAUUGCUGCAACUUGUUCUGUAAGUCAUGGAAGACCCAGAUAGGGGAGGCUCUUUCCUAUAGCGGUAUGUUGAUUGUCUCUAAAGGGGAAGCAGGUAUAGAACAUAAUAUUCACUAUUAUAUAAAAGUUUCAAAUGACUGUCUUAACACCAUGGACAUAACACUUUUGAACUGUAGAGAUGCACAAGUAAUUGAACCUAGAGGUAGCAGUAUUGGCUUUAUUUAAUAAAGGAAGCGUUUUUAACUA